AUGCACGUGAAUACCCACACGGGUGCUCGGCCCUUCACGUGCGACGUGUGCGGCAAGGGCUUCAUGCGACGGACCACCCUCAACGCACAUCGACCCAUCCACGACGCCUCCCAGUUCUCGUGUCCCACCUGCAACUGCCCCUUCAAGCGCUCGUCCGAAAGGCUUAUUCACAUCCUGCUGAAGGUGUGUCUACGGAAGCAAAGAAUCCUUCGUCGGGCAACCGGCGGCUGGUUUUGUGAUGUGUGCAACGAAGGCGUUCCCCAGCCGGAGGAACAUCGGUGUCCUGUCAAAGGUCGUCGACGUCAGUGCCCUGUCUGCGGGAUGGACUUCGGCGGGCAGCGCGACCACAAGAUGUUGACUCAUGUCCGCCAGGAUCACCCAGAGUUCCUGGCUUCGUUGUAA